AUGACUCUGGCCAGCUUUAUUCUUAUUUUGUGCAUCGCAGCAGCAUCUACACUAGUUUCUGGCUCGUCGUAUGAACGAACUCCGCGUAUGUGUAUGAUCUACUGUCAAUACGGUUUUCAACGUGACUCCAAUGGACAUUUGAUGUGCAAAUGCAAGACAAGUCCAUGUGACCAAGACGAAGUUCCACUGGAAGGCUACUUUUGUGGACGUAGUCCCAAUCGUCGUGAAUGCCCAUCAACACAUCAAUGUACCAUUGCACCGAACGAUGCUUAUGCUGUGUGUUGUCCUCGUACUCAACAACCACCCGAACGCAAUCCAAACAAGGCAGGCUUUUGUCCACCAUCAUUAGGCCCAAGCCGCAUUUGUAUUUCUCUAUGCGCUGAUGAUAGUGAGUGUGAAGGCGAAUUAAAAUGCUGUGGAGGAUGUCGUCGUCAAUGUACAAAGCCUGUCUUUGUAGAAUGA